CUUAGGCAUUAACACAUUAACAUAGUCGGGCACUCCCAUUCACCUUUUUGGACACACACAUUUCACUAUCCCUGCUUUACGAUGUCUCAAGCUAUUGGAAAGACUGCAUUGGCAUACGCUAGGGUAUGGCACCUUGUUGACGCCAAACAAAGGGUUCUUGGCCGCAUGUCUGUUGGCAUUGCAGAGACUCUAAUGGGGAAACACAAGCCUAUUUAUGACCCUGCAUCCGACUGUGGAGAUUAUGUUGUAGUGAUCAACGCCAAGAGUGUGAUGACCACAGGAACGAAAGCCAAGAGUAAACUUUACAGACAUCAUUCUGGAUACCCUGGAGGACUUAAAGAGAUCACUUAUGAGAACUUGAUGAACAAGGAUCCGGAUGCGGUCAUUCGUAAAGCAGUCUCUGGCAUGUUACCCAAAAACCGUCUUCGUGAACCUAGAUUGGCUCGGCUCUUUGUCUUUGAGGGCGAGGAACAUCCUUAUAAAGAUAAUAUCGUCAAGCGAUAUGAUGAGCUUGGAAAGGAAACUCGUCUGGAUCCUUCAACAGUUGAGGCAUAAGGAAAAAAAAAAAAAGGAAAGAGUUUAUAUUUUGUGCAUUAUGGAAAAUGGGAGUAAAAAAGAAACUUCUUAGUGUAAU